UGGUUUUAUGUAGAAAGGUAUCAUGCGUGUCAGUCAUACUCAUACCAGUUGUUUGAUUUUGUUUUUCAAGUAGUAACUUCUCACAGUGGUGUAUUAUAAAUAUGGAAUUUACUAGAAUUGUCAUCGAAUUUAUUAUAUUAGCAAAAACAGUCAUUACAUUUGUUUCUUCCGAAUCGUUGGACUGCGAACCCCGAUCACGACCAGAUAACGGGCAAGUGAUUUUCACGGCAUCCAAAAAUUGGAGAAGGGCUGUGGAGGUGUACCAAUGCGAUGCUGGGUACGUUUUGACAGGUCAAACAAAGCACACGUGUAUCGAAGGAGAAUGGUCCGGACAUGUGCCUUCGUGUACACGGCCUACUAGUUCCGGUCACAACUUCAAUAUUAUCAGUUCGGCACAAGGUUGGUUUUCGUUCAGACGUAUAUUGAAACUCGACACAAAAAGAAAAACUCAGAAUAACGAAGAGCGGUUGGAAAAUAAAUCUGUAGAUAUUGAAACACCCAAAACACUUCAACAGACAUCAGGGCUUGGUACAUUUCAACUUCCGAAACAUAUGAUUAGAGACUCGGCUAGAGAAUAUUCAGUAGGAGACUAUGAUUUAAGUUGUUUGUUUAGAAAACGACACGGGAAAAUUUUUUUGAGGGCACCUAAGUUGCCAUAUGCUCAUGUGGUGAAGUAUUCCAAGAAUAAAAAUAUUGUCGAUCCAAAAAAUAAAUAUUUAGAAGUGAUUUACCAUUGUAUCAAAGGGCAUGUGUUCGAAAAUCCUUCACAUACCAAGCUUUAUUGCAGUAAUGGACAUUGGGUCGGUGUAAAACCAAUAUGUGUUCCCAAAACGACACCGAUGACUAUGUACCAAAUGGAAUGUUAUAUUAAGUGUCCACCAGACAAGAACUUUAGUUUAGCGGAAGGUGAAAAAUUUAUAAAUUUCAAAGUCGAACAACCAAACACGAAUUACGAUUGGAACAGGUUUGGUACAUUAAGUUCCGGUUGGUAUAAAAAUUCGUCGAGAAUUUUGGUACCAGGUUUAUAUAUAAUUACCUACACGGUUCGAGAUGACGAAGACACGGAUAUCGCAUCAUGUAGGACUACUGUACGAGUGACGGAUGACGAAGUUCCGUCUGUACAAGAUUGUCCUUUGUAUUUGGAGGUAAUAGAGGAUUUUUCAAAAAAGAACGCCACUCCCGUAUCAUGGCCGGAACCUCGGUUUUUGGACAACAUAGGCGUAACACAAGUGGCAAAAACGAUGGAACCUGGUCAGCUUAUGGGCCCGGGACUGUAUAAUGUAUUGUACAUGGCUAUGGAUGCAUCAAAAAAUGAGGCUAUAUGUAAUUUCACUAUUGAAGUCAAAGAUCGGGCAGUAAUUGAAAUUGAAAACAGUAAACCAAAAGAAACAAACUGAGACAUUCGAAAAAGCAAUAUAUGAAAAAGAAUAAUAUGCUGAACUAUACUAAUUUUUAUCAUAACCAUUAUUCGUAUGUUAAAGUAAGAGAUUGUUUAAUGAGAUGAAUAUUUUUAUACUAAUAAAAAAUGAUUUGAUUUUAUAUUUAAUAACACAAAAAAAUAUUAAAUUUUUAAUAUGAUGGUACUUUUGAUUACAUAAUUUGAAGCAUAGAAUAUUAAUUAUUCGCCAGUUGUUUGUCUGUUUAUCUUCGAAAUAUUUUCCAUUUCAACAAGGUGCAAUUUUUGAUUUUUUUGGACAAUUGGUAUUUGAGAUUGAUCAUUAGCUUUUUGUUGGAGAGGGGUUACGGUUUGUUGUGUAACGUAGUACGUGCCAGCUUCUCUGGACGGUGUUGGACCAAAGCAAACAUUAGUGACUGCGGCCAAUCACCAAGCCACUCACCAGGCUCAAAUUUCAUAUUUAUACAAGUGGAUGUCACUGUUUGUUUGUAUUUAAUUUUUGAUACAAUUUUAUAGAUUUCUUAUCACUAUCUUAUAAUUUUUUACAUAUUAUACGCUUUAUAAAACCUUAAUAUGUUAUAGUAUUAUACCAAUAGUGACAAUUUUAUUAGCCUAAAUCGACUUCAACUGAUCUUCUAAAUUGAAGUUUUUCUUAAAAGGAUUUAUUAAUUUACUGACUUUAUUAAUGUAACGGAGCAGAGUUCAAUGAAUGAAAUUGAGUCAGGAUAUUCAGGGUUUCAAAUAUAUAGCGGAAAUUCAAUAAAACAUUCAUUCAAUAAUAUUUGAUACACAAAAUAAUAUGUUAAAUAAGUAGGUAUGCGCGUCUAUACUCGAUUUUAUGACACUUUGAUGGUUUAAUUAAUGAUUAAAGAUAAUAGUUUAACGUAUAUUAUGUAAACAUACCUACAUUUAUUGCAGAUUAAAUAACAGGUUAAAAAUAAAAUACAUUUCAUAAAUAUUGUGACAAUCUUAAUUAUUAUAUUUAUUAUUAUUUCAAUUGUAAUUGUUAGUCAUUGAAUUGUAAGUCUAGUGCUUGUAUGCAGUAUACAUUUGUAUUAAUACAAUUUUAAAGUAUCAAAAGCGUAAAAAAAUUAACAAAUUAUAGUGUAAAUAGUAAAAGCUAAUGAUUAUAAAAAUAACAAU